UCCCGCACGGCGGCAGCCAGUGAGCUCGGUGGGGGUGGCCGGGCGGGAUUUCCCGGCCAGGUGGGUGCCGCCGGGGAGCGGAGCCGGGCAGGCAGGCAGGCAGGCAGGCAGGCAGGCAGGCUGGCAAGCGGGCAAGCUGGCUGGCAAGCUGCGCUGGCGGCAUGGUGCAGCAGGAGCCUGCCGGGGUGCCGGGGCUGGCGGCGGGUGAGGCCGCUGCUGCCACCGCCGAGGUGCGGCUGUCCCGGCGUCGCUGGGUCAUGGUGCUGCUCUUCAGCAGCUAUUCCCUGUGCAACGCCUUCCAGUGGAUCCAGUACAGCAGCAUCAACAACAUCUUCAUGCGCUUCUACGAUGUGAGCGCCUUCGCCAUCGACUGGCUCUCCAUGAGCUACAUGCUCACCUACAUCCCCCUGCUCUUUCCCGUCGCCUGGCUGCUGGACAAGAGGGGCCUGCGCUUCAUCGCCCUGGCUGGCCCAGCCCUCAAUGCCCUGGGCGCCUGGGUGAAGCUGGGCAGCCUGAAGCCGCACCUCUUCCCCAUCACCGUCCUGGGGCAGGUCAUCUGCUCCCUGGCGCAGGUCUUCAUCCUGGGCAUGCCCUCGCGCAUCGCCUCUGUCUGGUUCGGCUCCCGUGAGGUGUCCACUGCCUGCUCCAUCGCUGUCUUUGGGAACCAGCUCGGCAUUGCUGCGGGCUUUCUGGUCCCUCCAGUUCUGGUUCCAAAUGUGAAGGAUGUGGAGAAGCUGGCCUACCACAUCAGCAUCAUGUUCUUCAUGACUGCAGGUGUGGCAACAGCCCUAUUUAUCCUGGUCGUCAUAGUCUUCAAGGAGAAGCCCCCGCACCCUCCAAGCCGAGCCCAGGCCUUGAUCCAGUCAAGACCAAUGCAGGAGUAUUCUUACGUGCAAUCAAUUCUCCGUCUACUCCGCAAUGCCAACUUUUUGCUGCUUAUGGUCACUUACGGUCUGAAUACGGGUUGCUUCUACGCCCUGUCCACUCUGCUGAACCGCAUGGUGAUCCAUCACUACCCAGGGGAGGAGGUGAAUGCUGGCAGAAUUGGACUCACCAUUAUACUGUCGGGGAUGGUUGGGGCUCUGAUCUCUGGCAUCUGGUUGGACAGAACCAAAACCUACAAACAGACAACACUUGUUGUCUAUAUCAUGUCUCUGGUGGGAAUGAUAGCCUACACCUUCACUCUGAGCCUAGGCUACCUCUGGGUGGUCUUUGUGACUGCAGGCAUGCUGGGGUUUUUCAUGACGGGAUACCUUCCCCUGGGCUUUGAGUUUGCUGCAGAGUUGACAUACCCAGAAUCAGAAGGAACGUCAUCAGGGCUCCUUAAUGUCUCAGCACAGAUUUUUGGUAUUGCCUUCACCAUCGGCCAAGGGCAAAUCAUGGAUCGCUUUGGGACAAAGGCAGGAAACCUCCUUCUUUGCUCUUUCCUGUUCCUGGGGACUGUUAUGACAGCAUUCAUUAAGGCUGAUCUCCGAAGACAGCAGGCCAAUUUGGAUAAUGAACAGACAAGACUCCAAGGCAGCAAUCAGAUCACGGAUUAUGGGACUGUAGCUUGUAACCCUAACCCCAUCAAUUCCCAUUCCUGCUCACUAGCUCAUACACAAAGAAAGGGAUGCCAGAAGCCUGCACUGAUCCUAUAGUCCUUGAGGAAUCAAAGCUGUGAAAUGGAGGGGUGGCACAGCUGGGAGAUGCAGCCACCCUCAUUCCCAUCUUUGCUACCUACACUAUCCUCCUGUUAUGUGCGCUCCAUGGCAGGGUGCCUCAGGACAGGAACCCAGAGAACUGCUUGUGGAGAGUGUGAAAGAGCAAAACAAGAAGGGAGUUGCUCUCUUGAGUUAUACCUCUGCACAUUGCUGUUUUGGAGAUUUGCUGCUUGGGAGGAAAAGUUGGGAAAACCUACUGCUUCCCCCCAUCUCACCAUGUAUGCUCAGAAAAGAAAAAGCACACAUGCUGAGAAAAGCCAUAGUUCCAGGCUAGCCCUGAGCACAUGAGGGUGGCCAUAGUUCCAGGCUAGCCCUGAGCACAUGAGGGUGGCACCCUGCACGUGGCUGUGUCUCCUCUUGCAGGCAAGUUGUGACAUGAAAUGCAGAAGCUGGACCACACUUACUCAGUGAGCAGCCCUGGAAGAGCUUUCAGCUGGCUCUCAGGAAGAGGGAUUGCUCUGCUUCAGUGCCCAUGAUGCUCUGUGGUGCAGCGGUGAUGGUAGAGGCCUCAGCAUAUCACCAGCAAGUGCAAAGCAGUGCACCUGCUGCUGCCAGCUCUGGUUUUAUUACGUGGUUGUCCUGGAUGAAGCACUCUUAAGUCUGUGGUUAAACCUCUACUCAGAAUUCACUGAGGCUGCCCUGAUGUUCGUAUGUAUUAGGAGCAAUUGAGAGGGGCAAGGCCUAGUUCUGCAGCUUAUGUUGAAGCUACAGCCCAAGCCCAGCUCAUCACUACACUAGCAACAGGAGUGAGUCAAACCACAAGCUCCCUGGGCUGAGGACUGUGUCUUCCUCCUUAAUGAAAAGUGCCUUUUGCAUGUUUCAAAAGUACAUAAAAACUUUUGUGAAGUGUUAUACUGAGAUAACCAGCCAUGGCUGUGUUGGUCUUCACAGCCACAGAGAGAGGUUUGAGCAUGAUGGGAAUCCAGGUUUACUCCAGUGAGGAAGCUUUGCACUUUAUAAUAGAGAACAGGAGAAGCCCUCUUACUAGCAUCUGUGCCAGAUACUGCCUCUCUGUAUGCUGCUGUUUAUCUUCUAAACACAAAUGUAGAUCCUUAUAUCCCCCCUUCUUCCUUUCCAGCAUCCCUCCAUUGGUGGAGACAUCAAGUGUCCUUAUACUCUUUAAAUCAUGUAGUUAUGCAUAUAUAAUUUUUGAGGUGAACAAAAACCACAGCCAGAUGC